AUAGGAUAGGAGCAAAUCGCAACUUUCUCUGGGUCAUGCCUGAGUGGGGGAAACGAAGACCCUAGUAUCCCUUGACUUCUCUCUUUCAAAAGCCACUCUGUUCAGGUUCUCAAUGACAAUGCAACCUCUACGUUUCUAAUUCUUAUUUCUGAAUAAUGGACAGAACAGUGUCAUUCCCUAGUGUGCAUUUUAUUCCAUUGGGAAGAACUUGGUCCAGACAUGAAAGAAUCACUUUAGCAGCACAUUCAAAUAGGAGAAGAAAUCCACCAAAGAACCUUCGAUAUCCAAGGCGUGCCAAGCUACCUCCUGAGUUUGGUGUUAAUCUGUUUUUGAAGAAGCCUAGCACCAUCUCUGAACCAACUCAGGAAGAUAUGGAUUUCAAUAAUGGACCACAUAUAGACUAUGAAGAGGAGUUAGAAAAUACUAAUGUUGUUUGGGAAUCGGAUGAGAUAGAAGCUAUUUCAUCGCUUUUUGAAGGUAGAAUCCCACAAAAACCUGAAAAGUUAAAUCGCGAAAGGCCUCUUCCUCUUCCAGCUCCCUACCGGCUUCGACCAUUGGGACUACCUACACCAAAAAGACUAGUAAAAUUGACAGCUCCAGCUGUGGUUUCUUCCCGUGCGUCUAUGGCUAAGAAAGUGUAUAAAAGCCCAAGUUUCCUUGUUGGGUUAGCAAGAGAGAUCAGUAAACUUAAUCCAGAUGAAGAUGUAUCUACAAUUCUUGGAAAGUGGGUGCAGUUCCUGAGGAAGGGGUCCUUAUCAUUGACAAUAAGGGAAUUAGGCCAUAUGGGAUAUCCUGAGAGAGCUCUACAAACAUUCUGUUGGGCCAAACACCAACCCCAUCUCUUCCCAGAUGAUUGGAUUCUGACAUCAACCGUUGAGGUCUUGGCCAGGAACCAUGAUUUAAAAGUUCCAUUCAAUGUAGAGAAGUUGGCCGGAUCUGCUAGUCGAGGUUUGUUGGAGGUAAUGAUUAGGGGUUUUAUAAAAGGAGGAAACUUUAGACUUGCAUGGAAGGUUCUAGUAGUUGCCAGAAGGGAUAAAAGAAUGUUGGAUCCCAGCAUUUAUGCAAAACUAAUACUUGAACUUGGAAAGAACCCUGAUAGACACAAGCAUGUGGUGCCCUUAUUAGAUGAACUUGGAGAACGAGAUGAAUUGAAUUUAAGCCAGCAAAGUUGUACUGCAAUAAUGAAAGUCUGCACUAAGAUGGGCAAAUUUGAAGUAGUUGAGAAUCUGUUUAGUUGGUUCAGACAGUCUGGCCGUCAACCAAGUAUAGUUAUGUUCACUUCUGUGAUUUACAGCCGUUACACAGAGAAGAAAUACAAGGAAGCAUUGGCUGUAGUUUGGGAAAUGGAGGCUUCAAAUUGUCUCUUUGACCUUCCAGCUUAUCGUGUGGUAAUAAAGCUGUUUGUUGCUUUAAAUGAUCUAUCUAGAUCCGUGAGAUAUUUUGCAAAACUUAAAGAAGCUGGAUUUUCUCCCACUUUUGACUUAUACAAGAACAUGCUUGAAAUUUACAUGGCCUCUGGGAGAACAGCAAAGUGCAAAGAGAUCUGCAAGGAGGCCGAUAUAGCAGGUUUCAAGUUGGAUAAGUAUCUAGUGUCAAACGAUUUGGUAAAUAAAAAACAGUAGACUUUUAAGCAUUCUAAAGCAUUGUAAUUUGUUUGUAUCAAUUCUGAAUCCUUCUUUAUAAGGCAAUGGCUACUAUGCCAUUAUGGAUUUCCAGUUGUACAUUGACAAAUAUAACGAAUUCUUUUAACAU